GCACCCUGUUUGAUUGACUAAUUUGGUGAAGAAAGAAAGAAAGAAAGAAGGGAUGCCGAAGAGGACGACGCACACGUACUCGAGCGAGGACGCAGCUCCGGAUGGACCCGACUCUGAUCUCUUCGUCUACUACUGCAAGCACUGCGGAUCUCACCUCCUCAUCACUGAUACCCAGUUGCAGAAAAUGCCCAAACGGAAGACGGACAAAGCCUAUGUCUUGGACAAGAACAAACACCUCGCUAGGCUCAACAUUAGUGAAGGCGGAAAAGUUUUACUCAAAAGGGGAGAAGGGAAAGUAGAGAAGCAGUUCCGUAUGAACUGUGUUGGUUGUGAACUCUUUGUCUUCUAUCGCUCCGAACAAGAUUUGGACAGUGCUUCUUUGAUUUUUGUUGUUGACGGUGCUCUUAGCACAGUUGCUGCUGAAACCAACCCACAGGAUGCUCCUGUCCCGCCCUGCAUAUCACAAAUAGAUGGAGGACUUGUUCAAGUGGCUAUUGAAGUGGAAGAUCGCGCACAACGCUCAGCUAUCACAAGAGUAAAUGCGGAUGAUGUUAGAGUUACUGUAGCUGCACCUGCAGCUCGAGGAGAAGCGAAUAAUGAACUUCUGGAAUUUAUGGGAAAGGUGUUGGGUCUUAGACUAAGCCAGAUGACUCUUCAAAGAGGAUGGAAUAACAAAUCAAAGCUUCUUGUGGUUGAAGAUUUGUCUGCUAGACAAGUUUAUGAGAAACUGUUGGAGGCUGUGCAACCUUGAGGCUGUAUGAUUCAAAUGACAAUUGUAAUGAAUGAAAAAUGUGUUAGCUGGACCUUCAAUGGCUUCAUAUUGUUAUGGUGGUAGCUGUGAUUGUUGAAGUGCAAUGUGAAAAUUCAGUUGUAGAACUUGAGUCAGUUUAAUGAGAACUACCUUUUUUGAUCAGGAUUUGAUCACUUGCAUUAGCA